AUGGCAGAGUUUUUACCUUUAUGCGACGUUUUAUUCAACGUGAUAUCCCUUGCCGGAUAUUUCUGCGACGUCGUGUUCGAUCUCGUAAUGGGUUAUGCGUUACUUGAAAGAGGGUACAAAUGUUCGUUCGCAGCUACAAUAUCGAUUGUAGUUACAUCACUAUUAAUAUCACAGGUUCUUUCCCUUCGCUGGUACCUUCACAUGUGGUGGGCAAGCGAAGGUCGGAAGGACCGACCGCCCUGGCUGCCUAUACUGUUGCAUUGUUUGCAAAUGGGCGUACUGUGGCGUUACGCUCGGUUACUUGUACCUGUGGAGUUGAGGAGGGUUAAGCAUCAAGUUCGCGAUCUUUGUAUGUUGCGGUUGGUUCAUGCGUUCUGCGAAGCUACACCUAUGUUACUACUUCAAGUUCACAUAUUUUUAAAGGACGCAGACUUAGAAAAUGAAAAUGAGUUACUGGGAGUCACUCCAGAGCCAACUAUUGAUGAACCAUCUGCAAACAAAGCCUUCGCAGAGCUAAACGUUAUAUCGGCAUCUCUCUCACUGUUCUCUGUCUGUUGGGCGCUGGCUAGUUUCAGUAAGAACGUCAGACUUCAGAACGUACACCGCCUCGUGCUUACCUGGCUUGGAGUUAUUUUUCAGUUCUUAUGGCGGCUGGGAACGGUUUCUGCGCGGAUCUGCGCGCUGAGCUUGUAUGCGCUCGUCUAUGAAUAUUGGGUGUUUUUAGUUAUAGGGCUGCACUGGGUGUCGAUGUUCCUGUGGCUGGUGUCGCCGCGCAACGCCUUCCACGGCGAGCGGCUGUCGCGCGCGCGCAAGGCGGCGCUGUCCGCGCUCGUCGCCAUCGUCUACGUGUUCGCGUACGUCAACCUGUACGAGCGGAAGCAUCGGCACAAGAUGGUGAUAUUCUACAGCGUGAUGAUGGUGGAGAACGGCGUGCUGGUGGCGGCGUGGUGGUGGUCGGGGCGCGGGCGCGCGCGCGGCCGCCUGCCCGCCGCCGCCGCCGCCGCCGCCGCCGCCGGCCUCGCCUUCAUGCUGCUCUACUACAGAUACUUCCACGUGCGCCGACUUGGCUACAUGUUGGGGGAACACCAACAAGGCACGAAUAGUACAAAUGGCUCGACGCAAAACAAAAAUGGUAAAUCGAAUCAGGGCGACAACGCCGCCAUACCGGGUGUGUUCAACUGCAGGUUCUCAAAUCCUGUAAAUAGUAGUGCAGCAAACGGUAGGAAGAAGAAGAAGCCGACGUCGUUCGUGCCGCCGCCGGCCGCGCCCGCGCCCGCCGCCUUCUGGCGCAGGCCCCUGCCCGCCGCACACAACCACCAUGGCGGUUCUUCUGAAAACGAAGGCUCGAGCGUCGGCUCGCGCGUCAACAUUCAACAGAAAUUACAAGAGAAGAAACAAAAACAACUCGCAGAACUAAGGGUCAUAGAAGAGGAAAUAAAACAAGGCAAAUUAGCCAAAACUACGCCAGUUGCAGCGGAAGAGAUAUACAGUAGCCUUCAAAGGCAACCCAUACCAAGGGCCAAGACUCACGCGGAGCCGCCGGCCUGGCCCAGUAUAGAACUCGCACACUCUUACCAAAACUAUCCAGUGUUAUCACACUCCUGCAACCUUUACCCGACUUACAUAGAAAUAAAACAAGAAUAUAAUACCAACUUCCCAUCUGAAACCACAAACGAUAAAACCAACUUUGUCCGACCGAACAUUUACAAUCAAGAUAGAACUUUCUACGAAAAUCCCGCGAAUUUACGCAACGACAGACCAGUUCGAACCCACAACUACCUGCCAAUACCUGAGAAUAGGAAAUACGAAGCAAAUGUAUGCAGAAGUCCGAGAAAUGUACUCAACAGUAGCCCCAGAAGCUAUCUUCCAGAUACCACAAAUAAUUAUGAAGCAAACCAAAAUAGGAUACAAAACCAAAAUAUAUACGAGGAACGGCAGAAUAUUCCAGAAUUUUCAUAUGAAGAUCCUCAAUAUGGCAAAUACGGCGACAAUAAAGAAGAAUAUGUGGCAGCUUUGAACGCCUUAAAUGGGGUGGAUAAUAUUCGGGGCAUGUACAGUGAGGGAUGUAAUCAGUAUAACCAGAAUUGUGAUAGGUUUUAUCCCGGUAUAGGGAAAAAGGAUAGGAAACAAAGAUGUCGGACGCCGGAGAUUUUGUUAGCACCACAUUAUUUAGAAGGGUGUAACAGACAGGUCUGCUGUAAUUGGGGAGCUCCUUAUACUAACAGAAAGAAGGAGGAGUGCCCGCCGGCGGCGGCCAGCAGCGGCAGCGAGUCGGCCGCGCGCGACACGCCGCGCCCGCCCAGCGACAUCGACAGCCAGGCGAGUAUCUCCCUCCCGCGCUCGUACACGCUGCCGCGCGAGUUCCGCUACUGGCGGCGCCGCCCGCGCGCGCCCAGCAACAACAGCAGCGACGGCGACGUGGACAGCGCGGACAACGACAGCGCGCACUCGCACUGCUCCGCCUCCUCGCAGCACGACUUCGCGUACGAGCGCCGCCGCCCGCGCCGCGCGCGCAAGCUGCCCAAGCCCGAGACCAAGCUG